AAAAAGAGUUGUUGAUUUGGUAGUAAAGCUAGUUUGUGGUCAACACAGCUGUGGCCUCGUUGUCCCGCACUACCAGCUGGGCGUAGGUUGUAUUUAGUCAUUUUUGCAUUUUCUGCACGACUCUUUAUCUUUAACUGAACCUUGGUUUGACAAGAGGUUCGAAAAUGGUCUUGUCAACGUCCCAGCAAGUCGCCCUGGCGUUCACGGCGGUGCUGUUCACGUUUGUCGUCCUGCCAAAGAUGUUCGGCGUCGGUACUGGGGCGAAGGAGUCGAGGCUCGACCCUCGUUACUCCAGAAAAGGAGGUCCUGGCCCGGGUACACUUCGAGUUCCAGCCUCCGACAAGGUCGCCCCCAAUUCGCAUCAGUCGGCCGAGAGCAUGCUGCAGAUGAAGAAGCUGAUGGAGCAGGAGAUGAAGGGCGAGAAAUUCAAAUCCAACAACAACAGCAAAGGCUACGUCUUCACGCUCAUGCCCUUGUAUGCCAUCGGAGUCGGAGUAUUUGCGGCAUACAAGUUUUUGAAGCAAGAAGUGGAAGUGGAAGUGGAGGUGGUGGACAGUAUUUCCCAAGUGAUCAAAAGAUUUUGGAUUAAGUCUUCAGAUGACCAAGCACAAAAGGUUACAUUUGCAAAAGGGGCCAAAAAAUCGGCGGAGGCAGAGAACCAGUUGAACGAACUGGAACAAAGGCUGGCCCAAACAGAAAGGAUGCUCAAUUCUAUUCUCACCCAACUUGACCCGCUCACAAACUGUACAAAAACUGUGGCCCAGGAGCAGAAGAACGAGAUCAUGACCCAACUCCAAACCAUUCGCUACCUGAUGAAAAAGAGAGGAAUGGACUGUCCGCCUUUGAAUGAGGCCUGCUUCGAGCAGAGCCUGGACAACCUCAUCGAAACACUGGGCGCCGGCGAGACUCCUCCAACCAGCGACACCAACACCGAUAAAACCUCCAAAAAGCCACAAGACGUAGCCGAAGGCGGCGGCGUGAAGAAACCAAACUCGGAGGAGGAAGAGGUUGAAAGGAAAGAUGAUGAUGAUGAUGACAUGGAGGAAACUGAGGAGGCUGAAAAAGACGAGGAGGAGGAGGAGGAGGAGGAGGAGGAAGGAUACGAGGAGUUUGAUUCCAUGCCUUCGCAUGACAACACAAAGUGUGAGGAAAGCGGUAAAGUGCAACAGCCGUGCGGCCUCAGGCGCCGCAAUCUUCCCGAAUGAACUUCUUGCAGGAUAAAACGUCCUCUAUGUAAUUAUCGUAUUUAUUAUAUGAAUUAUUCACAAAAGUUCGUCCAAAAAGAAAAAAACCUUUCAAUCACUAAGAACAGGGCUUGUGUAGUUGUUGCUGAUAUCAUGUAAGUGCAGUCAGCAGCUGUUAUUAAAUGUGAAAAUUGUUCAAAGAAAAAAAAAUAAUUCGAUGUGCCUUUUUAAAGAAUUAUAUGGACUCACAAAAAAAAAAUCCUAAUCAUAUUGGUCCAGCUGCUCAUCCUUUUUUUUUUAUUAUAGACAAUUUGUUUUACCACAGUGUCUUAAGAGGGACUUUUGAACGGAAGGGGGCGCCCAAGAGCUGAACGGAAAACAUAAAAACAUGUGACAAAAGUAGAUUUAUAUCACUGCAUGUUUUUGUGACUUCCUUGCCUGCAAAAUGUGACAGCAUGCUAUCAAUGUUUUUAUACAUCCACUAGCGGUAUUUUCCCCAAAUCGUCUUUGAAAAACUAUUUUAAUAUCUAUGACAAUUUAGCUGCAUUUUAAUGAAAACACAAAUGUUCCUAGUCUGUCAUGUUUGGAUCCAUUAUUUCUUUUUGACUUACCCUCCCCAAUAUCCAUAUAUUGUGUGUCGUGGAUAAAAAAUAAAUUUCUUGUCGUGCUGCAUUGACAUAAA